AUGGACAACCAGCAGCAGGAAUCCUUUAAGCGGCUGCGCACACCGUGUGUGGAGCUCAGCUCAAUAGGUCUACGAUUCCGCGGCAACCAAGCUUCAUCGGCCGAAGUUAUCCGAGCCCUCGAACCCGUUCAUAAUGUCCUGGAGGAUUUGGCGGGGAAAAAGCUUCUCGAUGAGAAGCUUGCCGAAUAUGCCUUCUUUCCUCUUUCGCACAUCUUCAACGAGACACAAAGGCUACCGGCGCGCUGUCUUGAGCUAGCGGUGCACUCAUUACGAAUAUUGGUCGCUGAAGGAUGGCGACAACGAUUGUCGCCCGCGUUGGGCAAACAAUUGAUCAUAUUGCUGACACUGAUCGUCGGAGGGUCACCAGGCAAGGCCGAAGAGAAAGAUUUGCCUACCCCGAAGGUGUCAGAGGAGCUUGCGAUUGCAGGCUUUGAUUGUCUUCAUGCAAUCUUCGACGUGUUAGAGGGCCCCGUGGCGGAGAAAACCAUCUUUCACGAGAUCGGCACAGCUACUGUCGUCGACCAGACUGUCUAUAUUCUGCUGGAGGGCAUCGCUGACGAACGUUCCGACGAGCUUUGCCUAUCGGCUGCGAAGGCGAUGCAAGCUCUGUAUGUUCGGAUUACCGAUCGUGUCGUCCUAGCAAGUAUCAUGCCUCGCACUGUGUCUGCAUUGACUAAAAUAGUGAGGCCUACAACACAAAGUCGUCGGUCAUACAAGCUAUUACAGACAUCCUUACAGCUAUUGACUUACCUUCUCCGCACCGUCAUUAGUGACCGUGUCGCCAGUAACCCCAUUGAGAAGCCUGCCUCGAUCGAGGCCAAAACGGAUAACUCACUCGACGCCCCCUGGUUAAAAGCAACUUGUACGCAAGUCAAGUUGGCAUUGGCGAACGUCAUUCAGAUUCGGCGCCACCAACGGAUAGAAGUUCAAUCAGCUCUACUCGAGCUUUGCGUGAUGGUGGUUGAGGAAUGCCCAACUACCCUCAAUGAUGCUAUUUCUAUGAUGGUAGAAACCAUUGUUGUUCUCUCUGACAAGGAAGAAGAAGCCUCAAAUAUGGCUUAUAACACUGUCCUCCAUCUUUCCACUACAUAUCCAGUCGUGUUGGAGUCUCUCAAAGAGUCCCUUCAUACGUGGCUAACAUCCUUUCCUCGGAUCAUGCAAAGCACCGAUGAGACUGCUAAGCAGUGGGGCAUCCGCCAGAUCUCCACUGUUUUCCAAGUCCUCACUCAAGUUCAAUCUCAAUCCGAUCUUCUUACGGGCAGCCUAGCAUCUGGCCUCUGCGAUAGUGUCAGUGCAGUUGUUAAGUCUAGCACCAGUGCCUUACAACCACUGGAUUCUACAAAGCUAGGUGAUUUAAGCUGGGAUGUGCUUCGCUACGCUUCUGACUCGAUAACAUUCCCACCUAUCUUACUGGAGCAUCGAAGCCAGCAGCAAACUUUGAAAGACCUGCAAUCAAUGAUUAAAAGGCUUAACUUUUCGGAGUCGGGUAACGAAAUUACUCGAUUGGUUGUCAACCGUCUCCAUGCCACAUCAGAUGGCUCUGUUAUUGCGCCCUUCUGGCUAGCAUUGUCUUCUCUUCGUGCCCAAUCUCAGGUCGGUGCUGGCUUCGAUGACUUCAUCGCCGAUGACGUUGUGGAACUGCCACUUUCGAGAUCCAAACGCAGCGGUAUGAUCGAAGAACUGUACUACGUUUCUUUGACGAUCCUGAACGACGUUCCCGCUGAUGGCUCCGGUGACUGGCGGACGUCAGCACUUGCAUUGGAGGCGGUGGCACUUCAAGCCCAGCAGCUUGGAGAAGCUUUCAGACCUGAGCUCAUGGAUGCCCUCUACCCGACGCUGCAACUGCUUGCGUCAAACAACUCCAGCCUCCAACGACAUGCUAUGACGUGUUUGAACAUUCUCACCUCAUCUUGCAAUUAUCCGGACACCAGCUCCAUGAUUAUCGAUAAUGUGGAUUACUUGGUGAACUCAGUGGCCCUCAAGCUGAACACUUUCGAUGUAUCUCCAUAUCCUCCACAAGUUCUGUUCAUGAUGGUCAAGCUGUGUGGCGCACGGCUGAUCCCAUACCUUGAUGAUCUCGUUGACUCUAUAUUUGGUAUUUUGGACUUGUAUCAUGGGUACCCAAAGCUCGUCGAAAUCAUGUUCAGAACACUUGCAGCUAUUGUUGAGGAGGGAGCCAAGAAGCCAUCGCUGUUGACAAUCGAUAGCGGUCGAGAGAACGGCACACGUGAGGGCCGGAAACCACAGUACCAGCAUCUUUCAAUUGCUACCAUCGCUACAGAUAUUGCAGACCGCAAGUCAAAGCAUGAUAGAACGGUCGAAGAAGAUAUGGAAGCCGACAGGAAUUUGGCUCACCCAAAGAAGCCUUGGUCUGAGACAUACGACAAGGCACCUAAAGAACCGGAGACUAUCGAGGAGAUGCUCAACUUGGCCGAAUCAGACGAGCCACUUCCUCCGCCGAAAGAGCCAGAGGAUAGUGAGAAGCCUCUGAGCAAGACCCACUCCCUACUUGUACACAUCGUCAAAUCUAUUCCUUCUCACCUCACCUCGCCAUCCCCGUACCUCCGGCGCUCCUUGCUCUCUAUUCUUGAUGAGGUGUUGCCAGCACUCUCGCAGAACGAGAACAGCUUCCUCCCACUGAUAAAUGACUUGUGGUCUACCGUGGCCUCGAGAAUUAUUUUUCCCUCAUCGCUUGGGAAUGAAACAUCCUCAUCCAGAUCUUUGAUAGCCCGACCCUCCACUGAGCUUGAGAGUGGCUCCAACCAACCCGAUAUACAUAUCUUCCAGGAAGAGACUUUUGUUAUGAUCACCGCUUGCCAGGCUAUUGAGGCUAUGUGCAAGGGUGCGGGUGACUUCAUGGCUUCGCGUAUCGAGACCGAGUUCCCCCGCUGGGAACGUCUCUACCGACGUGUCUGGAGUAAGGUGAGACAAGAUGCAGAAGCAGCCAACGCGCGACGCACUCGGCAGCAUCAACAAAAGAAGGCGUCUUCUGACCUGGAUACCGAUUUGAGCAUGGCACUAUCCUCCUCUCUCACCCUUUCACCAAUCACGCCAGGUUCCAGGGCUUUCACGCCUCACCACACUCUGUGGCGCGCUCUCAUCUCUCUCUUCUUGACUGUACUUUCAACUGUUCGACUACCCCUAGAGGUAGGCGAUCAGAUUUGUGAGAUGCUGGGCUCAUGGAUCACUCUCCUUGUCGGGCCGGACUUUUACUUCCGCGCUUCAAGGCGCACUACUGAUUCUUCGACCCUGGAUGAGGCCCAAAGAAGUGUUCUCGAACCAGCCGAAGAUGCGAUCCGGGCCAUGGAGGCAUGGAACGAGGAUCUCACUUGGUUCAUUUUCGCACGCGAGAAGAUGAAAGCCUCAGAACAGUCAAAAAGACAUGUUCCUGGGCGUAUGACUGCGGAAGUAUUUGGAGAGUCAAUCCAUUUCGCCAAUGUCGCAUUCUAG